AUGGUUUGUGAAUUAAUAAAAUUAAUUAAUAAUAAAACAAUGAAUUAAAACUAAUAGAGUUAAGAUUUUAAAUGUAAAGAUCAUCCUGAAAAACCUGUACUUUUUUGGUGUAAAUCAAAUGCAUGCAGUGAGGAUCGAAUUUUCUGUCUUUAUUGUCAAAAGUAGAAUAAACAUGCUUAACAUUAUGCGGAAGAUGUCCUUAGUAUUGAUGAAUUAGAUUAAUUUUUAAUUCAAAAGUCAUAACUUUCUAAUGGUCUCAUUUCAGAAUGUCAAAUUUAAUUCUAAUCAACAGUCAAAUCCUAUGAGAAGCUUAUGUCUGGUUUAUCAUAUAAGUUUUGUGGAUUAGAAGAUAAAAUUAAUAAAUUAAAACCAUAUUAAAUACAACAGGCACUUGAUUCUUUGAUUAGAUUUGAAGAAUUUCGGAGCCAUUUGAAAACCAACAUUUAAGGAUUUUUGUCCAAAUUUGAAAAAAUUUUAGAUGAUUUUUUUAUUAAAUUAGAAUUACAUCUGAUUUAAUAUUAGCUGAUUGAUUAAUAGAUUAAAUUUAAUAAAGAUUAAUAUCAAAAAGGUUAAAUUUGUUUUAUAUUAUUAUAGGUAUCUCUUUAAACAUUAGAAAUUAAUAAAAUGAAGCAAUUCAACUCUUUGAUAAGUUAUUAUUAACAGAACCUUAUAAUGUAGAAAUUAUGUAUUAAAAAGGUUAAUAAUUAUUAUUAUUUUAAGCUAACUCAUUAAGUUAAUUGAAUAAGUAAGAAGUUGCUUAAUAGAUAUACACAAAUAUUAUUACAAUUAACCCAAAACAUGAGCUCUCCUUAUUGAAAAUGGGUACUAGAUUACUAUAUUAUUUAGGUGAUAUUUUAAAAAAUUAACACUCUUAUUAGUAGGCUCAACAAUAUUAUGAAAAAUGUAUUUUAAUAAAUGCAAAUAAUUCUGCAGCUUAAUUUGGAAUAGGUAUUAUAAUAUCAAAAUCUUUAGGGGAAUGUUUAAGGGAGACUUAUUAAUAUCAUCAUGCAUUAGAGUUUUAUCUAAAAUCUAUAAAGGUAAAUUCAUUUAAUACAGACAAUUACUUUUAUUAUGGUAAAUUUCGAUAUAAAAUAAUUUAGGGGAUUGUUUAAAAUCCUUAAUGAGAUAUCAAGAAGCAAUCAAUGCAUAUGAAAAGGUUUUAAUUAAAGAUCCUCAUUAUUCAGAGGCAAUGGCAGAAAAAGGUACAAAUUUAACUUUAAAUAAUAAAGGAAUGUGUUUAAUAUUCCUAGGAUAAUUUGAUGAAGCAUGGAAAUACAUAUAAAAAUCAUUAUCCAUAAAAAAAAAUACCUUUUAAGGUUUAUAUGGACAAGGUGUAAUAUAAGAAAUAAUCUUAGGAAUGCUCUUAUAUCAAUUAAAUAAUUUAGAAUAAUCUAAUGAAUAUUUUGAUUAGGCUUUGGCCAUAAAUCCAUAACAUGUGGACUCAUUAAGUGGAAAAGGUACUUUGAUUUGAAAUUAAUUAAAGGUGAGUGUCUAAAAUUUAUGAAUCAAUUUGACUAAGCAUAAGAAUGGUAUGACAAAGCUUUGGCCAUAAAUCCAUAACAUGUGAACUCAUUACAUGGAAAAGGUACUUAGAUUUGAAAUUAAUUAAAGGUGUGUGUCUAAGACUUAUGAAUCAAUUUGACUAAGCUUAAUAAUGGUAUGACAAAGCUUUGGCCAUAAAUCCAUAACAUGUGGACUCAUUAAGUGGAAAAGGUACUUUGAUUUGAAAUUAAUUAAAGGUGAGUGUCUAAAAUUUAUGAAUCAAUUUGACUAAGCAUAAGAAUGGUAUGACAAAGCUUUGGCCAUAAAUCCAUAACAUGUGAACUCAUUACAUGGAAAAGGUACUUAGAUUUGAAAUUAAUUAAAGGUGUGUGUCUAAGACUUAUGAAUCAAUUUGACUAAGCUUAAUAAUGGUAUGACAAAGCUUUGGCCAUAAAUCCAUAACAUGUGGACUCAUUAAGUGGAAAAGGUACUUUGAUUUGAAAUUAAUUAAAGGUGAGUGUCUAAAAUUUAUGAAUCAAUUUGACUAAGCAUAAGAAUGGUAUGACAAAGCUUUGGCCAUAAAUCCAUAACAUGUGAACUCAUUACAUGGAAAAGGUACUUAGAUUUGAAAUUAAUUAAAGGUGUGUGUCUAAGACUUAUGAAUCAAUUUGACUAAGCUUAAUAAUGGUAUGACAAAGCUUUGGCCAUAAAUCCAUAACAUGUGAACUCAUUACAUGGAAAAGGUACUUAGAUUUGAAAUUAAUUAAAGGUGUGUGUCUAAGACUUAUGAAUCAAUUUGACUAAGCUUAAUAAUGGUAUGACAAAGCUUUGGCCAUAAAUCCAUAACAUGUGAACUCAUUACAUGGAAAAGGUACUUAGAUUUGAAAUUAAUUAAAGGUGUGUGUCUAAGACUUAUGAAUCAAUUUGACUAAGCUUAAUAAUGGUAUGACAAAGCUUUGGCCAUAAAUCCAUAACAUGUGGACUCAUUAAGUGGAAAAGGUACUUUGAUUUGAAAUUAAUUAAAGGUGAGUCUCUAAAAUUUAUGAAUCAAUUUGACUAAGCAUAAGAAUGGUAUGACAAAGCUUUGGCCAUAAAUCCAUAACAUGUGAACUCAUUACAUGGAAAAGGUACUUUGAUUUGAAAUUAAUUAAAGGUGAGUGUCUAAGACUUAUGAAUCAAUUUGACUAAGCACAAGAAUGGUAUGACAAAGCUUUGGCCAUAAAUCCAUUAGAUGAUGACUCAUUAAGUGGAAAAGGUACUUAGAUUUGAAAUUAAUUAAAGGUGAGUGUCUAAGACUUAUGAAUCAAUUUGACUAAGCAUAAGAAUGGCAUGACAAAGCUUUGGCCAUAAAUCCAUAACAUGUGGACUCAUUAAGUGGAAAAGGUACUUUGAUUUGAAAAUAAUAAAAGGUGAGUGUCUAAGACUUAUGAAUCAAUUUGACUAAGCAUAAGAAUGGUAUGACAAAGCUUUGGCCAUAAAUCCAUAACAUGUGUACUCAUUAUAUGGAAAAGGUAAUUAUUAAGCUAAUUUCUUAUUAGCAUUUGUUUUAUUAGAAUACAACUAAUUUGAUACCGCAUCUUCUUUAUUCAAUUAGGCAUUUUAGAUGAUGCCAAGCUAAUAUUUAAAAGAUGCAUUUCAAAGUAAUUAGCUAUAUAAAAUUAGGUUUUUAUGACAGGAGAUUAUAAAAUAAAUGA